AUGGCUUCUCAGGUACCACCUUCUUUGAAAUCCGUUGGAGGUUACGUGAAAGUUGCUAAUGAUAGCACGGAUCGUGAUCCAGUCGUAUACUACUGGUGUCUCUAUUACGCAGUUCAACAAGCUCUGAAAAUUGACAAAUCUUCGAAAGAAGCUCUACAGUUUAUCACAGGGAUCCUCUCGACUUUGGAAGCUGUAAAAAAACAGUAUGCAUCUGUAGAAGCAAUCCAUACUGAGAUUGUCGCUCAAGCUCACUUAGAAAAUUACGCUUUGAAACUUUUCAACUAUGCCGACGCUAGAGAAAAAAACGGUCAAGCAGACAAGGCAACAUUCCACGCUUUCUACAACUCUGGUUUAGUGUUUGACACGCUCUCUUUAUUCGGAGAAAUCGACGAAAACAUUGUUUCAAUGAAAAAAUAUGCAAAGUAUACGACAACACAAAUCGGUAAAUGUCUCCGUGAUGGAACUCCUUAUGUGUCAAGUUCUGCAAACAAGCCAGAUGAGUUGUCUUUCAUUCCAUCGAAUGAGCAAGAUUCAAAUUUUCCUCCUCCGUCUUAUAAUGAAUCUUAUGAUAUGAAUUCAUCUGGCUUACCUGGGGUCCCGAAACAUUACUCCGCGGAUCACAAUCCCACAGAGAAUUCAGAUUACCAACCUCAGAUCAGUCCUUCUACUCACACUCCUUCGACAAAUGUUUCAUAUCCAUCACCUUCACCAGCACCUCGUUCCCAGUCCAGCGUUCUCUCAGAUCCUCAACCACCUCCAUAUUCUACUACCAGCACAUCAGGAUUGAAACAACCUACACCUAAAGAUUUCUUGGAAGCUCAAAAGUUCACGAAAUACGCUCUCAGCGCCAUUGAUUAUGAAGACACUAAAGCUGCCGUCGAAAAUUUGAAAAAAGCUUUGUCAUUCAUGGAAUAG